GUUUACUUCGGUGCUGUAACUCCUCACAUUCGUGGGAUAACUCAGGGAAUGGCCACACGUGACUUGACUCUGGCAAUAUCUAGCUAAUAACUCCCCAAAAAGCCGUUUCCUGCACACCUCCUCGCCCAGAUAAGCCGGAACCUCCUCGGGGAGCACCAAAAGAAAUUCGCAGAAUCUCACUACACAGAUCCAAAUUCACGAAUACCUUUUGCACCAGUGCACAAAUGCGAUCGUUGCCUCCCCCCAGAAUAACCCGUCUGAGACGAUGGAAGCGCAUUAAAAGGGCUAUUCGCUCGUUUUUCACACAGGGUUACGUAUCGGAUCCUGGUGCAUUUUUGCCUCAGAACGGCUCGAGGUCUCAUAUUUCCAUAAUCAAGAAAUCUCGACUCACCAGCCGUUUCAGAAAGAGGAAUUUCACAGACAUGGGUUUGAGGGAGGGUGCUUCUGCUGGAAUUAGAACAGCUGGAUACAUGGGCAAACUUGCAACCAGGGCGUCGUUUCCUGUUCUUCGUCCAAGGCACAAAUCGUCCAAGAUAAAUUUGAGUGUCAGGUUCUGAGGAAUCAGUACUAGGAUGCUGCUUGCCUCUGGUGACCACAAUUAAUAGUAUGAGGAAAGCCCCUAAUUAAUAAGUAAUAAAAGUAAUGAACAACAAUUACUGGCCUGAGCUAGUCUAAGGCUUCACUUUGGGAUAAUGAUCAGUAUAAAUAUCUAAGCAGGGUGGACAAGUAGUAAGAGUACC